AUGGACUAUAUUGAUCAAUUCAUAACUUAUUCGAUAUUCAAUGGUAGAGAUGCAUUACUUCGAUGGGCUUGUGAACAAGGAAAAUUGAAUAAUAUUGUCAUUGUAAUUAAAAGGUUUGAUUAUGGAGGUGAGGGCAAGAGGAGACCUCGUGUAAUACUUGCUUGUGAGAGGAACGGUAACUAUAAGUCUUGCAAGUCUAGUGAGACAACUGAUAUAAGGUCGGAUGCAAAUAGUGAUAUGAAAAAAUGUGCUAGGGACACUGGUACCAAGAAAUGUGGAUGCCCAUUCUUGUUAAAAGGUGUCAAUAUUGGUGAUGGGGAUGAUUGGAAGUUGGAGGUGUUUUGUGGAGUACACAACCAUCCUAUUUCAGAUUAUCUUCAAGGUCAUUCAUUUGUGGGGUGA